GGUGGCGAUCGCGGCGGCCGAGGAGGUAGAGGCGGAAGAGGAGGCGCUGGCGGUAGAGGCGGCUUCCGGGGCGGGAAGAAGGCGAUCGUUGAGCCGCACCAGCGCCUGGAGGGGGUGUUCAUCGCUCGAGGCAAAGAGGACGCACUGGUGACCAAAAACUUAGUGCCCGGAGAGUCGGUCUACGGGGAGAAGAGAGUGUCCAUCGAUGAGGAGAACGGGAAGAUUGAGUACAGAAUUUGGAACCCUUUCCGCUCGAAGUUGGGCGCAGCCAUCCUGGGAGGCGUUGAGGACAUCCACAUCACCCCCGGCUCUAAAGUACUGUAUUUGGGCGCCGCGUCCGGCACUACAGUCUCGCACGUGUCCGACAUUGUGGGCCCAGAGGGACGGGUAUAUGCCGUCGAGUUUUCUCACCGUUCCGGUCGAGAUCUGUUAGGUGUGGCCCAAAAGCGGCCAAACAUUGUGCCGAUCAUUGAGGACGCGAGACAUCCGCAUAAGUACCGAAUGGUGAUGUCGAUGGUGGACACGAUCUUCGCCGACGUGGCCCAACCAGAUCAGGCGCGCAUCGUUACCCUCAAUGCCCAGCAUUUCCUCAAAGUCGGUGGACACGUCGUCAUCUCUAUUAAGGCCAACUGUAUUGACUCGACGGCACCGGCAGAGGCUGUGUUUGCACAGGAGGUGAAGAAAUUGCAAUUGGAUAAAGUGAAGCCUCUGGAACAGGUCACUCUUGAGCCAUAUGAGAGAGACCACGCCGUCGUUGUCGGCAUCUUCAGAAAU